CUGCGUGCUGCAGUAUGUUUAUUAGUUGUGUUACCUGAUGAAGUUUCCACAGCAGCUUUGAAAUGAUUCAAGUUUUGCUUUCAAUACUUUUCUUCUCCGUUCCUUACGUUCUCUCUGCUGAGAGUGGUGGAACAUGCGGCCCUGCUAUGUUUGCAGGGAUGGACAAAUGCUGUUUAUUGCCCAAAUUGAUCCCUUUUGAGUCCUUCAACAAAUGCUUUCCACCAGUAAACACAGCAAAGCAGGAAGAUGCUUCACAGAAAAAUGGCAAGAAUCUUAAAAAAUCAAAUAAAGCGCUGGAAGGUGAUCAAAUGUGUUUGGUCCAAUGCGCAAUGAAUGACUUGAAUUUGCUGGACAGUGGCAACAAUGUCAACGCUGACUCGGUUUAUAAGAGGCUACUGAAAGUUUCUCUAAGUCACUGGAACUCUUAUAUAAUAGACGCCGUUGAAAACUGCAGUGCAGAGUUUAAUAAUCUUGAUUUGAGUGGCGUUGCUCACCAACUAGACCAAGAUGGAAAAAUGUGCAACCCUGGGCCAUUUCUCUAUUUGUCUUGCAUCAACGGUUUUCUUGCUUCCGAUUGCCCUUCCCAAUCGCGAGGUGUGAGUCUCGUAGAUGAAAAAGACGAAUGUCCUGGUAAAAUGGCAAAUCUAAAAAAAUGCAGCCCUUUCAGCAUCCUGAGUGGUUGGACAAAGAAAAAAUCGAAAGUGGAAGUAAAACCAAACGCUAGAAGAAACUCGAAACGCCAAAACGGUCAAAGCAAGAAGAAUUCCAACAAGGGGUCAAAAAAUAAUCAAGCUUCAAAACCAACAACUGCUUAAAUUUGAAAUGAUUCUGCGAGUCUCUGCGCAAUCUUUAUUCAGUGUCUCAAAUUAAUAAAAUAAAUCAUUUUGG